UGUUCCUUACAAUUGAUUUAUACAUUUCAAUGAUAUUUUAGCUAAUGAUAUGAAAAGUAAUAAAGAGAUGUCAGAAAAUCAAAUGAUUGAUAACCAUUCAAGAAGUCAAUGGAACUGUUGGAAUGGAGACAAAUGUGUGGAAAGAAAUGACUUCAAGAGUGCCGUUCAGUAUUACAAUACAGCCGUUGAGUUAUAUCCACACGAAUACAGAUACUUUGUCAACCGAUCCUAUUGUUUGGAUCAAUUAAAUGAGUUUGAAUUGGCACUGAAAGAUGCAGUAAAAGCUAUUGAAUUAAACCAAAUAAGAAGUAAGUGUCACUUCCGAAAGGCUAGAGCUCUUAAGGGACUCAAACGCUUUCAAGAAGCUGAAGAAUCCUUCAAAAUGGUCAUUCAUUUAGAGGGAACCAAUUGUCUUGAAGCUCAAACUGAACUCUUAAGAAUUAGAGAGAUGGCUGCCAUGGAAUGUGGUUCAGGGAAUAGUGUCCAUUCAAAUUGUACCACAAAUGUGAUCAAUCAGUCUUAUGAUACCAAUCAAGUCAAUGAUACGAUUUGUAAAGAACUUUCGUUUAUCAACAAAACAAAUGAUAACAAGAAAUACAAGUCUAAGAAAAGAGAGAAUAAACAGAAUUCGGUUAAAAUAUUUAACCAAAACUCUCGCACUGAAGACUUAAUCAAUACUCUGGAGUUUGAGAAUAAGUCUAAGACUUACUUUAAAGAUAAAAAUAUCGAUAUCUAUGGACAGUCAUUGCCCGGAGAGGACAGCAAUAUCCUCAAAAAGAUAAACGAUUUUCUAUUAGAAACAGAGUCUAAUAUCAACAGAAAUGACAAAAAAUGGCAAACAAUUUGUGAUAAUAAUGCGAUUACCGUUUCCAAAGAAGAACAUCAACAAUGUCUUAACCAACUAAAGAGUCAAACAAUUAAUAAAAACAAAUCAAUUAAAUCUGUUGGCAGUGAAUCAGAAAACAGUAGUGAAUCCAAGUCAAGAAACAGUUCUCGAAGUCAACGGAAUGGACGCAAAAAUUACAAUCAAUGCUCAGAUGAGAUGAAUGUUAUUUGGGAAGACAGCAAAAGAACUACCACUUCUUAUCGAAGUUACAGCAAAUCUGGAAACAAUACUAAUGCCAUUUCAAAUUCAACAAAUUCUUAUAAAGAGAGAAACAUUUGUGUGUCAAAUGUGAUACCAUCGGAGCGGACGAGAAAAGAGUUGAAUAACAUUUUGUCAAAGUUUGGAAAAGUCUUGUCUAUUAAAAUAAUCUCCAAUUCUGACAGUGCUAUCAUUGAGUUUGAUAGUACAGAGUCAGCCAAAACUGCAAUAACUAAGCUUCAGGGGGCUCGUAUACCAAACAUAUGUCUGCCAAACGAAAAAUUGAUUGUAAGGUUUCGUUCAUUAGUCGAUUCCAAGAAUUAUUUAUCGCUUAAUAAUUGUGCGACAAAUCCUUAUAAGAUUGAGUGUUACUAUUGGAGGACAACCGGGUGUUCAAAAGGCAGAUAUUGUUAUAAGUUGCACAUUGCAGGCAAUAAAGGCAUUGAUGUUAAGCCAUGGAUGAAAUAUCAAAACAAAUCGAAAUUUUCAAGCAAACAAACUAAAGAUUACAAUAAUUAA